AUGAAGGACGAAAGUUUGAAGCUGAUCGGGGCUGCUCCCGCGCUUGCUGAAGUACCAACAAAUGUAAUGCCGGCAACAACUAGUGCAACGCCUGCAGCAGUAGCAGAAGCAGCAACCGCGGAGCCAGACCCAGGUUGUGGAGACGUCACAGUCUCGUUGACAGGGGCAGAAUGCAGCAGUCGGCAGAGCUGCAGAAGCAGCAGCCUUCUGCAGUUUGCAUCAGCAACCAAAGUACAGCAAAAGCACGCUUUCUGCAAGGACCCGCCGGCAGCCGCUGUGCGCAGAGAUCUCGUCACCAAGACGCGCUUUGCUCACCGCACGAAGCUCGUUUCUACUGCCGAAUGCUCCGCCCCUCCAUUCUUUUCUCUUAAAUCUUUGCUCACCGCACGAAGCUCGUUUCUACUGCCGAAUGCUCCGCCCCUCCAUUCUUUUCUCUUAAAUCGUCUGCAGCAGCAGCAGCAACGGCAACCGGACACCCCGCAGCAUCCGCAGAGCAACGGGCAUUGA